AGAUCCCUGUCCGUCGAGGGAAUGCACAGAAGUCACAUCCAAGCGCUACAGCAGCGCCUCAAUGCUCUAGAACAUGACCUUGCAAUCGAAGCGGCUGGAACCCAGCUCAAUCUGGAAGCUUUUGCAAGGUCUGAAUGCCGGUCAUUGACUGAUCUGUUCAUGUUCAAGCUGCCUCGUGAGCUGCGUGACAUGGUUUAUUGGCAUCUCGGCACCAAGGAGCAACGGAUCGACAGCGACUAUUUUCGUUCAACGAUGGACCCAGUGACGAAAUGCUACUGCUACGAUCAACAACGCUGGAGGAAAGCACACUUUCCUGAACACUUCUGGAGUGCAGAUUAUGUUGACGCUCAGUUCGUGAGGGAACUGAGUGAGAAUUACUAUCGCACGUCAACCUUUAUCUUCGGAGACGGACAAGGACUGAUCGGCAAAUUUCUGAACACUGACCAACUGGGGCUCGGGCUUCUACCAAAAGAGCUAGUAUCAAGCUUAGAAGUACGUCUGAGUGCGAUCACGCAUGAUCGUGGAUCUUUCCGGGCAUAUAUCUUCGGCGUACCCAAGCCUCCGGAAAGAUUGCAAGCAGCUCUGGACGGGCUCAUGGAACUGAAGUCUGGAUCGAAUGUGUGCAUUCAGUUUGCGACUGAAGCCAAGUGUGCGGAGCAAAGGAGAGAACUAUUCGUUGGCGCAUUGCCAGUAUUGUUUUCGGAGAUACAAGUGACGGCGCUGGCUGGCUAUAGGUCGAAAUUCAUACUUGAUCGGAAGUAUGAGUUUCGAUUGGAAGGCAACAUUCUGAAGAGCCUAGAAGGUGGGCUUUGGGAUGUGAGUAAUGAGGUCUUUCAAGUUAGAUCAGCACUUACUGUUUUAGAUACCAACAUACUACAACACCGAUCAAUCGUCGUUCCGCGCGGCUUCAAAUGCCAGUCCCUUCAGUCCCUACACUGA